AUGAUGCUUGCUAGAUCACACAUAACAAAAUCGUUUUUAAACAGACAACUGUUGUCCAGUUUGACUUCUGUUUCAAAAUUCUCUUCGACCAGUUCCGCAAGUGCCAAAAAGUCAGACAGCGAUAUCACUAGAAUCCCGAUCAAGCACUUGGGUGUAAUGGCACCAUACUAUAUCCCACCACCAAUCUUUUCUUCGCCAUUUUCACUGUGGCACAAAUUAGUAUUAAGAAGAUGGGGUCAAUUCUUUUACAACACCUAUUCCAUCUAUAAGUUCAAGAGUGACACUGGUAAGGCACCUAAAUUUGAAGCUUGGAAGGACUCGGCCAUUGCAAUUUUCAUAAAAACUAAUAAGGCCUUUGCUGAAAAGAAAACCCAAUUACUCAUGGAUGAAACAGUUGGUGUGCAAACGUUCAACUCUCUACAUGAAAGAUCUGAAACAAUUCCAAAACACACCAAGUUGGAGUGGGAAUUGGUCAAGAUUGAAGAAAAUCCUAAGGUUGUCUCUUUCAAUGCCCUUCCUGAUCCCAAUGGUGUCACUGGAAUGAUACAAUUUGUCAUGAAAUUAAGAUCUACUCAAAGGGUCACUGUUAAGACUGCUGGAGCUGAGCCUACAUCCACUGAAAGAACUUCCACCGACUACUUGGUGUAUAGCUUGGACCCUUACUCUGAUGAGAUGUGUUUGGUGGGAUCGCUCUUUGAAUGUGAUCAUUUAAGACCCAUUCAACCUGAUUUGGAAAGCGUUUCUAACUACAAGCAAAUGGUUGCAUUCCAAAAGGAGUGUGCUGAUAUCUUUAGGGAAAAGCCAAAGAGGAAUAACUGA